AUGUCUAGAUCAGGUGUUGCUGUUGCUGAUGAAUCUUUGAGUGCUUUCAACGAUUUGAAGUUGGGCAAGAAGUACAAAUUCGUCCUUUUCGGAUUGAACGACGACAAGACGCAAAUUGUGGUCAAGGAGACAUCAACUGAGCAGGACUACGAUGCAUUUUUGGAAAAAUUGCCAGAGAAUGAGUGUUUGUACGCUGUCUACGAUUUCGAAUACGAGAUUGGUGGAAAUGAAGGUAAAAGAUCUAAGAUCAUUUUCUUCACCUGGUCUCCAGACACUGCUCCAAUCAGAUCAAAGAUGGUGUACGCCUCGUCCAAGGACGCCUUGAGAAGAGCUUUGAACGGUAUCUCCACAGACGUGCAAGGCACCGACUAUUCCGAGGUGGCUUACGACGCGGUGCUAGAGAGAGUCAGCAGGGGUGCUGGUUCCCAUUAA